UGUUAGUGAGAGAGAGGGAGUUCAGUGGAGAGAGAGAGAGAUGGGUCCUCGCCCCUCAUGCAUCGACCCAAAGAGCGGGUUCUGCAGAGACAAGGGCACAUUCUACAGCCUCCGGCCCACGCCCAAUCUCACUCCUCUCGACCUCACAUCAUACAUUUUCUCUCUCAUCCCCAACCCGCCUCCCUCCUCCCCCGCCCUCGUCGACGUCUCCGCCAAGUCCCUCAUCUCCUAUGGCGAUCUCCGAUCAAUGGUCUCCUCUCUCUCUUUCUCUCUUCAAUCCGAGUUUGCCAUCCAAAAAGGUGAUGGCGUCUUCAUUCUCUCUCCAUCUUCAAUCUAUAUCCCCAUAAUCUCUCUCUCCUCUCUCUCUCUAGGAGCCAUUGUCUCCCCUUCCAACCCAAUAAACACCAAGUCUGAGAUAGAGCACCAAAUCCAAAUAUCUAAACCAGCCCUCAUUUUCGCUCACUCCUCAGCAGCUCACAAAAUCCCAGCCCAAAACCGAGUCAUCUCGAUCGAUUCGCUCGAAUUCCGCCGACUCAUUGAAUCGCCGAGAUCGAGCCCGGAAAGGGUCACCAUCGAUCCAGAUGAUCCUGCAUCGAUCCUCUACUCCUCUGGCACGACGGGCCGAGUCAAGGGCGUUAUUUGGACACAAAGAAAUUACACUGCAAUGCUGGCGGAGCUAUUGUCAUUGAGGAUCGAGAAGAGGACGUGCUCAUUCAUUACGGUGCCGUUAUUUCACGCCUACGGUUUCGCCGUUUGCUUGAAGGGGUUGGCGUUUGGGGAGACGGUGGUUCUGACGGGUGAAGGAAUGUUUGAGGUGAGGUUUGUGUGCAGGGCGGUGGAGGAGUGGAGGGUCACGCAUUUGGUGGCGGCGCCGCUCGUUUUGGCAGCGAUGAGUACAGGUGAGGAGGCCAAAGGUUUUGAUUUGGGUAGUUUGGAGGCGGUGAUCAUCGGCGGCGCGCCGCUUGGAAAGGAGAUGAUCACGAGGUUUAAAAGGAGGUUCCCAUGGGUCAUUGUUGCCCAGGGAUUUGGAAUGACAGAAGCUGGAGGAAUAUUUCGGACUGUGACUCCCGAAGAAUGCAUGCGAUAUGGGUCAUGUGGUCGAUUAUCAGGAGGUUCUGAAGCCAGGAUUGUAGACCCAAACACACUGCAACGCUUACCUCCAUGUCACAAAGGAGAGUUGUGGGUCAGAGGAGCCACUAUCAUGAAAGGUUACAUAGGUAAUGAAGAAGCAACAAAUUCUGUAUUGGAUUCAGAGGGAUGGCUAAAGACGGGAGAUCUCUGCUAUAUAGACAAUGAAGGCCACCUCUUCGUGGUUGAUAGGCUGAAGGAGUUGAUCAAAUACAAAGCAUACCAAGUUGCCCCUGCAGACUUAGAAGACAUACUACUUUCUCACCCGGAAAUUGCAAAUGCUGCUGUAGUUCCGGGAGAUAAGUUGUUCUGCUGCCAGAAAGUAUGGAUUAAAAGCGGGGCAUCUAUUCGUCUACACCAUCUGUUGAUAAUUACAGCUGAUGGAUGGUAUCCUGAUGAGGAAGCUGGGCAAAUACCGAUGGCAUUUGUGGUUAGAAAGCCCCAGAGUUCCCUUAGUGAAGCGCAAGUUAUGGACUUCAUAGCAAAACAGGCAUUUUUCUUGACCUUAACACUCGCUAAUUGA